UUGCGGAAGCUCCAUAUAUAUUUGCGACGAAGGAUUUUAAAAACCAACUCCUGCGUGACGCGGCCGGGAGGGUCCCGCGUUGCCCUGGUGCGGUGCCGGACCGAUGCGCUCGACACCGCCUACCGGCCAAGGCAUUGGCGGUUGUCCAGCGUUUGUCAAAGGUUGGACCCCCACCAAUGGUUCUACUGGCAGGUCGAAACUGUAUCGCGACAAGCUGUGGACUCUCGACUGGGUCGGUGUGGCCGGCAAGGCCAGGUGUGUCGCUGCUGUGUUUUUGACGGAGGACGAAGGGGCGACCGGGUACUGUUGUGGUGGCAUCAUCACGUCUCAAAGUGACAAGGCCACGGCGGAGAAGGGCAAGGUCGACGAGCGAGAGUUGAGAAAAUUCUUCCUCACUUCGGUGUACGAUGAGCACGGUACCGACUUGGACAAGACUGACCACAAGGUCAGCCUCGACCUCGCUCUGUUCAAGGGGUAUGGUCAGAAGGUAUUCGCUAUGAAAGCCUUCGGCAGCAAGCGAGAUGGGAAUGCGUUGAGGAUGCUCUUACCCAUUGAAUUCCUCAGCAAGACCAACGGUUAUAGAAAAAAUGGUCAAUUCCCGACGGUCACCGCUGGUCACCAGCUCACGUUACCUAUUGUCCCGUUCGACGCUCCUGCCGAAAGUCUCGUAGGCUUAUCAGCGUGCUCUAACGAUCGCCGACAGGUUGUAUCGACACAACAACAACCUGUCGGCGGGAAGGAGACAAUUAUUACUUACCAGAGGCGUUUGGCCGGUGGGUCAUCGGGAAACAUUCCGAAGAAGAAGGUGGUCGUCGGACCUCCCUCGAAUCUUCUGGUGAGCUCGCGUGCUGGUGCCAGCUCACGCUCGCGGGACACCUCUCAACGUCGAAUGGACGAGGAGUCAAACGAAGAGACGGAGGAUGAUGCACAGGGUCGGCAAGUGCGUUCCCGGUUGAUAGCGACGCCAGGGCACAUCCAGGGCGAAGGCUCUUGCGAUGUGAAUGAGCGGCGACAAAGUGGUGGAGGUGCCGAAGCUCGGGUGAGGGACGAUGGAGAACACGACGAGGAUGAAGGGGAGUGUGGUAGUGGUGAGCGGCGAGAGCACGUUCCGGGAGCGGUUGACCAUAUGGAGUGGGAAAAGGUUGCGGUGAGCGGUGGGGUGGGCGGUGACAGUGUCGGUGGUUCAGAAAUAGAAGACGAGAAAUUGGAAGACAAAGGAGGAGAUGCCGGUGUUUCUGCGGGGCUAACUUCCAAGGGGAAGGGAAAACGCACAGCGCAAUUGUCGUCGACGCCAGCUGCGUCUAAGAAGCAGGCUCGAAGGAAAGAUGUGGACGAAGCUCGGGUCGCCUUGGAUGCAUCUCAAGGGACGCUUGGUGAAGCCGAUGUGAAAUGCAAAUCAAGUGCUCGGGUUCGCAAAACGUCACAACCCAGGAAGCCCGUGCGGCCGUCAAGGCGCCAGAAAUCGGACGACUCCAGCGACGAUGCUGAAGGGGUGGCCCCUCGCUUUCUCUCCCUCCCUGACGACGACGAGCAGGAGACGAAGAAACCUAGUGCGGUCAAUAUGACGCAGUGCUUCUUCCUCGAGUACGACGACGACGGCAAAAAGAGAAGAGACCCGCCGAGGGUGGUCAUUGACGUCGUGCAGGUUCUUCCUAUUCCGGUGGGAGAUCUCGCCUUCAACCAGCGAUCGCUGAACCCGACCAUCGUUGCAGGCAUUGAAGCGGCAAUCGAUGCAUCAACUCGUCCAAGGUCCGAGGAUUAUCCGGCUCCAUGGGAUCCACCAGAGUUGGUGCUGGCUUCGAUUACGCCAUCAAUGGACGAGAACAGCCAAGGGAUACGCGUCCUUCCACAGGACUUCGAUCCCGAUAGGACAGAUGAGUAUUUUUAUUACCCGGUUGCCGGUCAACAUACUUUCCGAAGCUAUGGAAAAAGCAGUGGCGAAGAAAUCUGCAGCAGUGGAGGUGUUCGGCUUUCGGAAUUAUGAUCGUGUGCGGAUCAUAUAUUUCGACGACGACCAUACGAACGGGUACGCGUAUGUUUCGAU